AUGAGAAGUUCCACUCUUUUAUCCCUAGACGCAUUUUCCAGAACUGAAGAAGAUGUUCGUGUUCGUACAAAGACAGGUGCUCUUAUCACAUUAGGAUGUAUGGGUAUUACAUUCUUACUAUUACUAAAUGAAUGGCUUCGAUUUGGUAUUAUUGAAACUAGGCCAGAAUUGGUAAUUGAUAGGGAACGCCAUUUAAAAUUGGAUUUGGAUUUGGAUGUUACAUUCCCCAAUAUGCCAUGUGAUUUGAUUAAUUUGGACUUAAUGGAUGAUGCAGGAGAGAUCCAAUUGGAUAUUUUGAGUUCAGGUUUCACUAAGACAAGAUUAGAUUCUCGAGGAAAUGAAUUGGGUACUUUUGAUUUCGACCUUUCCAAAGAUAUUUCAGAAUAUCCACCCGAUGAUGAUAAAUAUUGUGGUCCAUGUUAUGGUGCACUUGAUCAGUCAAAUAAUAAAGAUGAUAUGCCAAUGGAUGAAAAAGUAUGUUGUCAAACUUGUGCAGAUGUCCGUCAAGCUUAUUUGAAUGCAGGUUGGGCCUUUUUUGAUGGUAAAGAUAUUGAGCAAUGUGAAAGAGAAGGUUAUGUGCAACGUAUAAAUGAUCAUUUGAAUGAAGGCUGUAGAAUUCAAGGGAAUGCACGUUUGAAUAGAAUUCAUGGUAACGUUCAUUUUGCUCCAGGUUUAGCAUUCCAAAACCGUAGAGGUCAUUAUCAUGACACUUCCUUAUAUGAUAAAAAGACAGAAUUGACUUUCAAUCAUAUCAUCAAUCAUUUAAGUUUUGGUAAGCAUGUUAAACCAGGUAUUGGUAGUAAGUUUUCAGCAGCUUCUGUAUCUCCAUUGGAUGGUCAUCAGAUGAUUUUAAAUGAUGAUCCACACAAUGUUCAAUUUAUUUAUUUUGCUAAGAUCGUUCCAACAAGAUAUGAAUAUUUGGACAAGGAUGUUAUUGAAACUGCUCAAUUCAGUACAACUACACAUUCGAAGGCAUUAAAUAAUUUGGCAGAUGAUAAAACUACUCCCAAGCCAAGCCGUCGUAGUGGUACACCUGGUCUAUAUAUCAAUUAUGAAAUGUCGCCAUUAAAAGUCAUAAAUAGAGAACAACACGUUCAAACAUGGGUCUCAUUCAUAUUGAAUUGUUUAACCUCUAUAGGUGGUGUUUUAGCCGUCGGUACGGUCAUCGAUAAAAUAUUUUAUAGAGCACAGCGUACAAUUCAAUCUACCAAGAAGAAUUAA